AUGGCAACUAUUACCCCAGAGGCACUGAAGGAGCUACUGAAGUACUACAAUUUGUCUCGACAGGAGUUUAUAGAGACGUACAACAUAAAGCCUCUUGUUUACAUCCCCGAAUUACCCUCUGGAGCGAAGACGACAUUUGUCAUCAUGUAUGCUGUGAUUUUUGUGUUAGCACUCAUCGGAAAUAGUUUGGUCGUUUACAUUGUUGUCCGAAAGCGCACGAUGUUAACAGCAACAAACAUUUUUAUUUGCUCCCUGGCGGUGAGCGACCUCCUCAUCACUUUCUUUUGCAUCCCUUUUACAUUGUUACAAAACAUAUCCUCAGAGUGGCUUGGAGGUGUUUUAGUGUGCAAGACUGUCCCAUUUGUCCAGACAACGGCAAUCGUGACAGGCAUCCUGACAAUGACUUGUAUCGCCUUGGAGAGGUACCAGGGAAUAGUCUACCCCUUGAAAAUGAGGAGACAGUACACUCUGAAAAGAGCAUACAAAAUGCUAGGGCUGGUUUGGAUAGCCUCUGUGAUCGUGGGUUCCCCCAUGCUGUUUGUCCAACAGCUUGAGGUGAAGUACGACUUCCUGUACGACCAGCACCACGUGUGUUGCCAGGAGCGGUGGCGGUCCCUGCGGCACCGGCAGGUGUACGCCACCUUCAUCAUGGUGGCGCUGUUCCUGCUGCCCCUGGCGGCCAUGCUGUUCCUCUACACGCGCAUCAGCAUCGAGCUGUGGGUCCGCAAGCGCGUGGGCGACUCCUCCGUCCUCAGCACCAUGAACCACCGCGAGGUCAACAAGAUCUCAAGAAAGAAGAAGCGGGCGGUCAAAAUGAUGAUCACCAUCGUGCUGCUUUUCACUAUCUGCUGGGCCCCAUUUCACACAGUCCACAUGCUCUUUGAAUACAAUGACCUGGAGAAACACUAUAAUGAAGUCACCGUCAACAUGAUCAUCGCAGUUGUGCAGGCCAUCGGCUUCUUCAACUCCUUCAACAACCCCAUCAUCUACGCCUUCAUGAACGAGAACUUCAAGAAGAGCUGCCUGUCCACGCUCUCCACGUGUCUUCUCAAGCCAAACCACCACCACCACCACCACCACCACCACCACCAGGGCGGCGCCAUUGACCGACCCAUCCACAGCGUGCAGUUCAUCAAGCCCCUCAGAUGGGGGCCGUUCCAGAGCAACAGCGUGGGCGACGCCAACUCUCAGCAACACCUGGCCGACAACGGGGGCUCGUCCUCGUCCAACAACGACGCCUUCUCCGCCUUCCCCGAGGUCAAGAUCUCUGGCAUCACCUCGCAGCUGCCCGCCAACAGCUCUCACGCGAAAUGA